AUGUCAUCAAUUCUAAAUUCUCCUAAAACACCAACUAUUCCAAUUCUUCAUGAUUCAAAAUUUAAUUCAUCAAUUGAAAAAUCUUCUCAAUCACAUCGUUCAUCAUUUCAUCUAUCGAAUCUUUUUCAUACAUUAACAAAAUUUAGUCGAAAUAUUCGAACAACAAAUUCGUUUAUACGUUCAACAGCAACAUCAACAAAUUCAAAUGAUCAACAAAUAAAAUUAACUCGACGUUCAUUUACAAAAAAUGAUACAUUAUCUUCAUCAAUAAAUCGUCCAUCAUCCUGUUUUAUACUUCUUUCACCAUCAAAACAAGAACAUGAAACAUGUUUAUUUUUUCAAAAACCAGUAAAUCAUAAUACAUCACCGAAAUUAAAUUCUAUAUCAUCAUUUAAUAAAUUAAAACGUGUUUCAUCAUUUCUUUUACCAUUAAAACGUCGACAAUCUAUGUCAUUAAAUCAUAGUCUUUAUGAAAGAUCAUUUAAAGCAAAAGAAUCAACAAAACGACGUUCUCGUCUACUUAAUUAUUCGAUAUUUAAAUCAAAAAAACCUAUAUUAACAAAGAAUAUUUCUCUAAAUGGAAAAUAUGGAUAUAAUAUACAUCAAUCUUCUAUUAAAAUUAUUCAAAAACCUUAUAUACCAAUUGAUCUUACACGUAUUGAUCUUAUUUUACAAAUAAGAUUAAAUAUUUCUUUAUAUAAUAAUUAUCAAUCAAUAAUAUAUGAUAUUCCAAAUUGGUCAUGUAUACGAUUAUUAAAAUCUUUCAAUGGUAUUCUAUUUGAAAAACAAACAUUAGUUAUAUUUCAACCGAAAUUAUAUGAAAAUAAUCUUUGUCAAAAACAUGUUUAUCAUAAUUUUGUUUAUAUACCAUUUUAUCAAAUAAAAUCAGAAGAAAAUCAUUCGAUUCAUAUUGGUUAUGAUCCUUUAGCACCUACAACGAUUCGAAUACCAUUUCAAUGGAUAUUAAAGAAUGGUUUAGAUGAUUAUCAAAUAUCAUCAAAGGAUAUUGAUUAG